GGUAUGAAAUUCUUGUUGGAGCUCGUCGUGCCUUGUUUUGGUUCGCAGCAGUUCCACCAAUCCGCCGCAACCGCGGAUGAUUCUAUUUCCGGCGAAACGCAGUCGUUAAUGAAACAGCGAAGGAGGCGGAAACGCGUUAGAGUUGCGGGUCAACCGGGCCAAGCGGCGGAGUGGACGCCGUCCCUCAGCGUUAUCUCGGAGCACAAGCCGGCGGUAAAGGAGACAUCGGAAAAGGUGAAAGAGAAGAGGAAAAUCCGUCGUAAAAGUGAUGGUGGCGGUGGAGACGCGUCGUCCCGAUCCGGUGGUGGUCAUGUUCGUUUCCGCAGUGACGAUUUCGGGAGAAAUGCUUUCGAACCAGUGAUUCCCGCAUUCUCACCGACUCCGUUCAUGUUUUGAGUUUCAGUUUCUUCCUGAAGUUUAUGUGUAGCUAUGUAUAAUAAUAAAUUAAUAAAUAUAGUAAUCGAAUGAUGUAGCAUUAAUGUAAGUAUUAUGUAUAUGUAUUUGAUAUUACUGCCAUCGGUAUAUAAAACCUAUAUAUGUGACUCUCAAACAAAAAGAGUUUGUCUAUCUAUGUACAAUGUAUCCGCUUAUCA